AUGGGUGUCAACGGCCUCUGGACAGUAGUGCAGCCCUGUGCGCGUCCGACCAAUCUUGCCACCCUCAACAGAAAGCGGCUCGCGGUGGAUGCCUCAAUCUGGAUCUAUCAGUUCCUGAAAGCUGUGCGCGACAAGGAGGGUAACGCUCUCCGCAACUCACAUGUCGUGGGCUUCUUCCGACGCAUCUGCAAGCUGCUGUGGUUUGGCAUACUGCCCGUCUUCGUCUUCGAUGGCGGUGCUCCAGCUCUGAAAAGGGCGACGAUUCAGGCGCGAACGCGUAGGCGGGAGGGUCGAAGAGAUGAUGCCGUCAAGACCGCUGGCAAGCUGCUGGCCGUACAGAUGCAGAGGGCUGCUGUGGAGGAUGCAGAGAAGCGCAAGAGAGAAAGGGCAGAAGAAGCGACCGCCAGGGAAGACGCAGCGCAGGGGGAGGAGGAACUCCCCGACAUGAACAAUGUUGUGUACGCAGGCGAGCUGGGCAUGUCCCAGACGGAGAGACAGCAGUCCCGAAAGUUCCACAAGAAAGAUCAAUACCAUCUGCCCGAGUUGGACCGCAGCAUAGCUAACAUGGGCCGACCAGAAGACCCUCGAAUCAUGAGCGUGGAAGAGCUGGAGGAGUAUGCGCGACAGUUCAACAACGGCGAAGAUGUGAAUCUGUACGAUUUCAGCAAGAUCGAUUUUGACGGCGACUUCUUCAAGAGUCUGCCACCGCCGGACAGGUACAACAUUCUCAACGCCGCUAGGCUUCGAAGCCGACUUCGUUUAGGUCUGAGCAAGGAGCAGCUUGAUGAGAUGUUCCCGGACCGCAUGGCAUUCUCGCGCUUCCAGAUCGAACGUGUCCAGGAGAGAAACAACCUGACACAGCGACUGAUGCGCGAAUCCGGCAUGACGGGCCUCGAUCUCACGCUCGGGCAGAAUGGUCGCAUUGCGGGCGACAAGGAUCGCGAAUAUAUCCUGGUCAAGAACGAGGGCGCCGAAGGUGGCUGGGCUCUGGGCGUUGUCAGUAAAGAGAAGGACGUUGGCGAGGAACACAAGCCAAUCGAUGUCGACGCAAUCCAGAUCCAGUUCGCCUCAAAAGAUGCAGAGGAGGAAGAGGAAGACGUUGAUGACUUUGAGGAUGUACCAAUCGAGGGUAUCAAUCGGCUACCCAGGGCCUCGGCUGUUCAGCGCGAUGUUCACACCGACGAGCCGGCUGGUGAAGCGGAGGACUCCCUAUUCGUGGGUGGCAACACCGGCGAGACACAGAAGCUCUUGGAUGAUAAGCCCAUCGAGCCACUGCAUCCCGAGGAGGAGGACGACAUUUCUAAAGCCAUCGCUAUGUCCCUUGAGAAUCAGCAUGGGCACACAUAUGCUGAUGGGCUUGAGCCUGAGGAGCAGGAGGAGGAGCCAGAAGAGCAAGCGCCAGUUUGGAAUCAACGAUCAGCCGAGAUUGCCCGGCCAACUGGAGGAAGCGGAGGAUCCGUGAUCGCGCGCAUUGUCAACAACAGGGCGAGUGCUGCAGUGACAACCUCCAAGCAAAGAGAGGAGGCGCCGCAAAAGCCAGUCGCUGCUGACAACGACGACGAAAGUGACAGUGAUGAGGACGAUGUCCAAGCUGUGCUGGCCAAGUCGCGUUUGAAGCGCAAGCAGCAACCAACUCCAGCGGUAGCGAACAAGAAAAACCCCUUUGACGGGCCAUUGCCUUUUCCAAAGCUCGAUUGGCGGUCAUCCGUGUUCGCGCGAAGCAAGCCGGCAACUGAUCGGAAAGACUCAAGUACCGAGGAAGUUAGAUAUCGCCCCCGCUCGGAGGCUCGAGAGGACCCUACGGUUGACGAAGAUGACAUGGCUGGGGGCUUCGAGAAGGACGAAGCGAGUGCACCAGCGCCUUUGCCGCCUUGGCUCGCGGAUGAAUCCGAUAUUCGGGAAAAUCUCAAGAAGCAACAAGGCCUGGACAGAGACAUGAAUGCUGAAGACCGUGCCGAAGCUGACGAGGAGGAGAGAUUGCGAAACCGGAGAAUGCGCGAAGCCCCUAUAGAGAUUGGCUCGUCGUCGGAUGACGGCGGUGAUGAUGUGCAGAUCCUUGAGCAGCCACCAUCUCUCAAACCCAAAGAAGUUCCAGUCAAGCAAGGGACGCCGCGCGAGGAAGAUGCUGAUGGCGACGUUUCUGCCACACAUAUCUCGGAAACGCAGGACUUGAUGAAGGAGGAAGUCCAACGUAGCAAAGCGCUACCAGUGCGCCAAGCUUCUGAUUCACCCGAACCCGAGUUUGAGAAUGUCGAGGCUCCACCGGCCAAAGCAGACGGCGGUAGCGUACAGGGCUCACCUGAACCCACCUUCGAAGAUGUUGCGCCUGCUUCAUCACUGGUCCUUGAAAGCAAUGCCCCCGUGAACCUACCGGCUGAUGACCCAGCGCCACCGCCCGAGCCUACGCCAGCCGCCCCGACGGCCGCAGACGAUGACGACGACCUCUUUGCAGAUGUCGAAUACGACGAGUUUAGCGACCCUGAGGACGAGGAGCUUCUGGCACAGCUGGCAGACGAAGCAGACGAGCACGCUCGGUUCGCCAGCGAACUGAACAACAAAUCGGCGCAGCAGAACAAGGAAGACUACGAAAAGGAGUUACGGCAGCUGCGCAAUCAGCAGAAGAAGGAUCGUCGUGAUGCGGACGAGGUCACACAAGUCAUGGUCACAGAAUGCCAGGCGCUGCUGCGGUUGUUUGGUAUACCAUACAUCACAGCGCCCAUGGAAGCUGAAGCCCAAUGCGCAUCGCUUGUCAACCUCGGCCUUGUCGACGGCAUAGUCACGGAUGACUCUGACAUCUUCCUGUUUGGGGGUACCCGCGUAUAUAAGAACAUGUUCAACACGAACAAGUUUGUCGAGUGCUACCUUGCCGGUGAUCUUGAGAAGGAGCUCUCGCUGUCCCGCGAGCAACUUAUCUCGCUUGCCCAACUCCUUGGCUCGGAUUACACGGAGGGUUUGCCCGGCGUCGGCCCUGUGACAGCCGUGGAAAUCUUGUCCGAGUUCCCGGGCAAGUCCGGGCUUGACCACUUUCGAGAAUGGUGGCUGUCGGUCCAGUCCCAGGAGCGACCAAAGGAGGCGGAUGCAUCGUCUACCUUUCGGAAGAAGUUUCGCAAGUCCCAGGGCACCAAGCUCUUCCUGCCCUCAGGGUUCCCGAGCUCGGCAGUCUACGAUGCGUAUCUGUACCCUGAGGUCGAUGACAACACGGAGCCAUUCCAAUGGGGAGUCCCGGAUCUCGAAGGGCUUCGGCAGUUUCUCAUGGCCACGAUUGGGUGGAGCAAGGAGCGCACUGAUGAGGUCCUCGUCCCCGUCAUCAAGGACAUGAACAAGCGAGGCGUCGAAGGAACACAAGCCAACAUCACCAGGUUCUUUUCCGGGGGCGUGGGCACUGGUGCGAGGGAAGCGUUCGCGCCUCGUCAAAAGACCCAGGGCAGCCGGCGCAUGCUGGCCGCGGUUGACAGACUGCGAUCAAACUUGGCAGGCGGGGCUGAUUCUACGUCUGGCAGCGAGACUGGUAAACGCAAGAGGACUGCGGAUGCAGAUGCAGCCGUAGAUGAGGACGACAACGCAGGGGAGAUCGAGAAGCCGACUUUGAAGCGAAAGUCAAACGUCAAGGGCAGGAGUAGGGGCAACAACCGACGUUCGAAAGCAUCAUAG